AUGGAUGCUUUUCUAAAAGAAAUUGAACUACGGGAAGCACACAAGCCAACGACAGAAAAACCCGAGAACCACGAAAGGCGAAAGAACAAUAUAUAUGGACAUGCUGGGGGAUCUGCUGCCGCUCUGUUUACGAGGCAAGGUCAUGGGAAUUACGGACGUAUAAAGUGUGCAUAUUGUUUGGGAGAACACUCGCACGAAAAUUGCAAGAAGAUAACAGAUAUUAAUGAGCGUAAGCAACUUAUUCGUAAGUACGGACGAUGUUUUAUUUGUUUGAAAAAGGGACAUAUUAGUAAAAAUUGUUCUAGUAAUGUUAAUUGUAAUGCAUGCGGGAAACGACACCAUAGGUCUGUUUGUGAGGGUACUGGGGUUCCUACUGACCAUGUUCAAUCCAAUCAUUCCAUUCUGGGUUCUCAAAGUAGGGUAGCAUUGCAGACAGCACAAGCUUUAGUGAAGGGAGUGAAGGGUAGUCCAAGGGUCAGAGUACUCUUUGACACAGGAAGUCACAAAUCCUUUGUGAGUAGAAAGGUAGUUAAGGCAGCCGGAGUUCCAGCUAAGAGAAAGGAGUGGAUUGAAAUCAAAUCAUUUGGGCAAGAGAAGGCAGAGGGAAAAUUGCAUGACGUUUUUGAGUUAGAAGUUUUGCCAGUUACGGGGGGAGAGAGUAUGAAGAUUGAGGCAUACGGUGUAGAGUAUGUUUCACAAAUCAGAAAUGAGCAUGUAGAGUUGAAGAAAAGGGAUUAUUCGCAUUUGCAGGGAUUGUGGUUUUCUGAUGUUUGUAAGGAAAAUGAAGUGUUGGAAAUUGAGGUGUUGAUAGGGGCUGAUUAUCUGUGGUGUUUCCAGGAAGGAAAUGUUGUGCGAGGGAAGGCUGACGAACCUGUGGCAGUGCAAACAAGGUUAGGUUGGGUAUUGUCUGGUCCUAUGAAGGUAAAUGGUAGUAGUAAUGAAACAAAUAGUAUGCAUGUUGUCGAUGUAAAUUUUCUUGCGCAAGAUAACUCAAGUUGUACAAAACUUGAUGAUUUUAUACAUCGUUUAUGGGAUUUUGAAACAUUAGGCAUUAGACAGGAAGAUGAAGUACACGAGUCUCUAAAAGAUUCAAUUAAGUUUAAUGGCACAAGGUACAGUGUAAAGUUACCUUGGAAGGAAGGUCAUAGUGCAUUACCAAGUAAUUACAACAUUAGCUUAAAGAGAUUGAAAGGUCAAUUAGGAAGGUUGAAGAAGGAACCGGAAAUUUUGGAGGAAUAUGAUAGUGUAAUUAAGGAGCAACUAGAGAAGGGUAUAAUAGAGCCAGUGAUUGAGUUAGAAAGGGCUGAAAAGAUUCACUAUAUUCCACAUCAUGCAGUAGUUAGAAAGGAUGCAAAGACCACGAAAGUUAGAGUGGUAUGUGAUGCUUCUUGUAAAGAAUCUCCCAAAGGGGCAUCUCUGAAUGAUUGUCUUCACAUAGGGCCAAAAUUAGCACAAUUGUUGUUUCAUAUGUUGUUACGAUUUAGAGAGAAGAGGAUUGCAUUAGUUGCAGAUAUAGAGAAAGCCUUUUUAAGUGUAGAGGUUGACGCACCAGAUAGAGAUUGCUUAAGAUUUCUUUGGGUGAAAGACGUUCAGGAUAAAGAGAUUAGGGCAGUAGAGUACAGAUUUUGUAGAGUAGUAUUCGGUGUUAAUUGUUCCCCGUUUUUGUUGAAUGCAACAUUACAAUACCAUUUAGAUAGUCUUGAAAGUAAGGAUCCGGAGCUUGUUAGGAAAUUGAAAGACAGUUUUUAUGUAGACGAUUUGGGUCUCAGGAGAACAGACUAGUGAUAAAGCAUUUUUAUCGUAUGAACAGGCCAGUGACGGGUUAGCAAAAGGUGGAUUUAGACUGAGAAAGUGGCUUAGUAACGGCAAAGAAUUAUUAAAGAGAAUAGAACAAAGUGAAGAGAGAGCAA